AUGGAGGGCCAUGCUAUUCAAACAGCAGGCAUUGCUGAGACAGAAGCUCUUCGUUCUGGGCAGCCUCGCUAUCGGAAGUGUCCUCUAUCUCGUGGCCAGGGUUGGGACCUUGGAUAGGCUCCAGCCCAUUUGCCCCAUCGAGAGCAGACUGCCCCCCCCUGAGCCAGAGCAGAUCCCUCUCCGCACCCUACAGUUUAAGCGUGGCCUGCUCCAUGAACUACGGAAGGGCAAUGCCACCAAAGAGCAAAUCCGCCUGCACAACCUGGUCCAGCAGCUGCCUCGUGCCAUUAUCAUUGGGGUGCGCAAGGGGGGCACCCGCGCCUUGCUGGAAAUGCUCAAUCUGCAUCCGGCAGUGGUCAAGGCCUCACAGGAGAUCCACUUCUUUGACAAUGACCAAAACUACGCCCGGGGCAUCGACUGGUACAGGGAGAAAAUGCCCUUCUCCUUCCCUUAUCAGAUCACCAUUGAGAAGAGCCCUGCCUACUUCAUCACAGAGGAAGUCCCUGAACGCAUCUUCAAGAUGAACUCCUCCAUCAAGCUGCUGAUCAUCGUUCGCGAGCCCACGACCAGAGCUGUGUCCGACUACACGCAAGUGCUGGAGGGUAAGGAGCGCAAAAACAAAACCUACCACAAGUUUGAAAAGCUGGCCAUCGACGGGAACACCUGCGAGGUGAACACCAAGUACAAAGCAGUCCGCACCAGCAUCUACACCAAACACCUGGAACGCUGGCUGAAGUACUUUCCCGUGGAGCAGUUCCACAUCGUAGACGGGGAUCGCCUCAUUACUGACCCGCUGCCGGAGCUGCAGCUUGUCGAACGCUUCCUCAACCUGCCCUCGAGGAUCAGUCAGUACAACCUAUACUUCAAUGCCACCAGAGGAUUUUACUGUCUGCGAUUUAACAUUGUCUUCAACAAGUGCCUGGCAGGCAGCAAGGGCCGCAUCCAUCCAGAGGUGGAUCAGUCAGUGGUGACUAAAUUGCAGAAAUUCUUUCAUCCCUUCAAUCAGAAGUUUUACCAGAUCACCGGUAGGACAUUCAACUGGCCAUGAUGAGCUUUGAACUCCUAAGAGACUCCAUGGAUUGGUGUUUUUUUUCAAAAUGCCAAGCUAUGAGAUCUCAAAAGAUAUCAAUAGCACUUUGAUUGAAUUUAAUACAAGAAUGACAGUGUGACCAAAUAUAAAAAGAAAGUUGAUGUUAGUUUGUUUUUACGUGUGUGAAAUUAACACAAAGUAGUUUGAUGGUUUGACUAAAGGAUUGAGUUCAAAGCACUUGAUCUUGCAAAUGAAUUCACUUGUCUGUCAUUGUUCCCUGUGAAGAAAAAGCCCAGUACUGAACUGCGUGAUUAACUGAAGAGAUUAUUUUUGUUGCUUUUUAAAAAGACUA